AUGGCAUUCCCAUAUGCCAAUAAAGAGGCCUACGAGCUCUCCGGUGUGCCAAAGGAGAUCGACGAAGCCCGUCUGCAGCAGUUCAAGACGGCAGGCAAGUUUAUCGGAGAUGGUGACUGCGUCGUCUGCGCAAAGGAGUACUUCACCGACUCCGUCCGUCCCAUCCUGCUGCACUCCAGCGGAUCCGAGACCUUGCAUAUCAUAUGCGAUGAAUGCUACUCGAAGCAGUACGACGACGACGAGCAAGGCAAGAACGUGUGCCCUUAUUGUCGUCUGGAGUUAUUCCUGCUGCCAGAUGAGGUGUCCGAUGAGGAGGAGGAAGAAGACGACGAUGAUGUGGUCCGGGCGCUGACACCCGAGGACCACAUUCGCUUGACACGCUUCCGCAUCGAGCAGAUCCAGCGUGGUGAUCGUCAUGAGAACAUUGACCUCCUCGACGACAGGCUGCUCAGUAGUGAUCUCCGAUACGUCGGACGUGAGAACAACCAGCACGGCGACCUCUGGUGGCGUGAUCCUCUCCACGCCGUUGAUGAGCAGGCUCUGCGCACGGUGCUCGAGCAUUGUGCUGCUGUCUACAUGGAUGGUGAGCUUAACAUCUCGCUGUCCAUGUAUGAUGCCGCUUAUCACGGUGGAGUUGACGCGCAGAUGGUCCGCAUCCUCGGCAACCCCCUGAACGGCACGUACACUCGCUUGCACAGCCUUGACGUCGAUGAGAUAUCGAUGGUAUUGAGAGAUGGGUACUAUCGUCGCUUCCUCGCGGCGAACGUGAAUGGUAGCCGCGGUAUGGUCGCUCAUCCGUUGGCUAUGCAAGCCAUCCUCACCAUCGAGAAGACUCUCCGCAACGAGCGUGUGUACAGCCAACAUCACCGCCCGUCGACAAUGUACAACACCCUCUGUGCCGCACUGAGGAACAUGGGCUCACUGCCGCAUACUUCUUGUGAGCCCGACUGUCCAUGCGAACAGAUGAAUGAGCGUCGGGCGCAAGGACUCGAGACCGUUCUCUCGGACAUGGUCGCCACUGUCAUCAACGUCUUGAAGACUGGUGCCUACCAAGAGGUUCCAAAGAUCAUCAACUACGACAUGCGAUAUGCCGUUGCCUCUCGUAGGGAGUCGAAGAUCAGAUGGAGACGCGACCACCAGAUCUCUCCAGCGAGACAGGUGCGCUACGAGGCAGGACGAGGCACGACAGGAGCGUGA